GACGCCUCCCCCGCCUGUCUGCCGCGCGCACGCACCACCAUAGCCGGCGCCUCCUCCUCCCUCCAAAUUCCUAAAACCCUAACCCCAGCCGUCGACGAGGGGGCAACCGGGUUCCAGAGCUCGCGGGGAUGGCGGCGAGCCACGGCGCGGGGACGCUCAAGUCCACCUCCAUCAACGGCGUCAAGCUCUACUCGCUCACCGGCAACCGCUACGUCCCUCCCUGGGUCCUCGCCAAGAAGAAGCGCUCACUCCGCAAGGACAAAGAGUACCAGCGGAGGUUGGAUUUGAUCCAUGACCUGAGGUUUGAGACCGCCACCACCAAGAUCAAGGUGACGCCCGAUGACCAGUAUGUAAUCGCCUCAGGUAUUUACCCUCCACAAGUUAAAGUCUACGAGUUGAAGGAAUUGUCAAUGAAGUUCGAGAGGCACAUGAUUUCAGAAAUUGUAAAUUUCCAGAUCCUUGGUGAUGAUUAUUCAAAACUUGCGUUUUUGUGUGCUGAUCGUUCUGUAAAUCUGCAUGCGAAGUACGGAAGCCAUCAUAGUUUGAGAAUUCCAAGAAUGGGAAGGGAUAUGGCUUAUGAUUGCUGGUCCUGUGACCUGCUAUGCGCAGCUUCAUCACCAGAUCUUUACAGAAUCAACUUAGAGCAGGGACGAUUCCUUGCAUCUCUUUCCUCCCAAUCACCAGCAAUAAAUGUGGUUACACGAAGUAUGAUCCAUGGGCUUGUCGCUUGUGGUGGUGAGGAUGGUGGGGUUGAAUGCUUUGAUAUGAGGAAAAAAUCUUCUGCUGGCAGAAUUAAUAUACCAGCUGUUUCUUCUGAAGAUUAUGAUCAGGAGGUCACAUCUUUGCAAUUUGAUGAAGAUCAAGGAUACCUAAUGGCAGUAGGGAGCAGCACGGGAAAGAUAUCAAUAUAUGAUUUACGCAUGUCUUCUCCUCUGCGAGUUAAGGAUCACAUGUAUGGCAGUCCAAUAUUAAAUAUCAAGUGGCACCAGACACUUAAUUCUACCGAACCUAAACUGAUCACUGCUGAUAAGCACAUAGUGAGAGUUUGGGAUCCUAAUACAGGAAAUAACAUGACUAGCAUUGAACCAGAUGGUGGUGCUAUCAACGAUGUUUGCAUCUUCCGGAAUAGUGGUUUAAUGCUAUUAGCCCUGGACAAUAGCCAGAUACCUGCUCACUUUAUCCCUGCACUCGGUCCUGCUCCAAAGUGGUGCUCACAUCUUGAUAACCUAACUGAGGAGAUGGAAGAGAAACCAGAGACCAUGUUGUAUGAUGAUUACAAGUUUUUGACUAAAGAAGAGAUGGAGCGAUUGAAUCUCACUCAAUACAUUGGAAGCAGUGCUAUUAGAGCACAUUUACAUGGAUAUAUCGUACGUUAUGAACUAUAUAAGAAGCAACGAGCAGAAGUUGCUCCUGUCGAGUACGAGACUCUUAAAGAAGAGAUCAAGAAAAAGAAAAUAGAAGCACAGAGAAAAUCUCGUAUUACUCAAGUCACCAAAAUACCAAAGGUUAACAGGCAUUUUAUGGACAGUAUACUUGAAGAGGAAAUGGAUGUUGAUAUGGAAAAUGUUGAUAAAUCAAGUAUCAAGAAGAAGAAAAGGAAACUAGAACUGAAUAAGUCGUUAUUGACUGAUGAAAGGUUCAAAGAAAUGUUUCAAAAUAAGGAUUUUGAAAUUGACGAACAAUCAAAAGAAUAUCUUGCACUCCAUCCUCAAGCGUCUACAAAGGAGCCUCGCCCUCGCCUAAUUGAGGAAUAUUUUGAGAGUGUUAGUGAAGAUGAGCAACAGCCAGAUGCUAGUGCAUCUGAUGCAUCAGCAAAGUCUGACAGUGACAAUGACAUGCAUAAUUCAAGGCGUAUAAGGUUAUACGAAGUCAAGGAUGAUCGCCAUGCUGAAGCAUUUUUGAAUAGUGUCUCCCUUGCUAAUGAGGAUGCUCUGCCCAUUGCGGAUAGGGUAGCUGCCCUGGAAAGGCAACAGAACUCAAAUGCACUUGACAAGGUCAAGUACGGGCCUGGUGGCUCACGAGAGAUCUCGUUCGUCUCUAGAAGCUCAAGAAGGCGCCAGGAAGAAGCACCCAGUGAUGAAGAACCGAAGGAUUUCAAAAGGAGAGGUGUACAAUCCCUUGGAUUGAAGCAGGGCAAAGCUGAGUUCUAUUUGUUUGGUGGAAAUCGUGGCAGAGGGAGAGGAGGCGGACGUGGGAGAGGAGACAGGGGUAGGGGGAGGGGCAGGGGCAGUAGCAGGGGGAGGGGCAGGGGCAGGGGCAGAGGGUGAGCACUACGGUUUGGUUUCAAAGGUGCAGCAGCAUCACAUUGCCCGUUUGCUGCUUUCCCAUGCUUUUGAGAAGUUAAAAUGGGUAUAUUUAUCUGGGAGUUGAAUCACAGAAGGCACCGGGGUGUUGUGAUCUGCUGCAACAUCAAUAGUCAAGAGCUAGAACAGUGAGGACGGCUACUUAAAAUUUUUGGUAGCAUGAGAAAUUUGAUAGAUAAUUUAAUUCCCUUGUGGUCUAUCUUGUAACCAGCUACUUGUAACGGAUUAUUGCCCCCCCCCCCCCCCCCCCAAAAAAAAAACCAGAGAUGGCGUGCCGUGUUUUCUGAUUUCUUGCUUGCACAAGCGUGCGGGAUUCCUUGGUAUGAUCUAACCCUGUAAUGACUAGGACAGGGCAAUCCUAGCAGUUAUUUUCAGUGAAUUAUCAACCGUUCAUGCCACUGCUUACGUUAGGGUCAGGUGUGAUCACAGAUCGUUGAAGAGUUGGGCUCAACAAUUUGCAUGUGUUUUACAUGAUUACCAAUAUGCGCAUUUGAGUGUCUUGGUAAGAAAGCGCGUGACCAUGCUACUUGAGUCUGUAGAUUAAUCAUUAGCAUCUGUAAUUUCAGCUGUGGAAGCACAUCACACCAGGGUUCACAAAUUUGAAAGAUAUUCAUGAAUAUUGACC